AUGGCCGGAGCAAAGAAGUCGACUAAGAAGUUCGAGUCCAAGCACCUCAAGGAUGUCCUUGAGCGUCGCAAGGCGACCGCCAAGAUCAAGCAGCGCCACCACCUGAACGACAAGCGCAAAGAAAAGAACGCCAGUCGCCGCGCCGCCGAAGAGGAAGAUAACGAGUCGGAUCCCGAGGAAACCAAGAAGCAAGGUUUCGCUGAUAUGAAUGUCGAUGACUUCUUCGCUGGUGGUUUCGAUAUUACCGAGUCCACUGCUAGCGGUAAGAAGGCCAGCAAGAAGGAUGUCACCCCCAAGAUUGGCAAGCGCAAGCGUUCUGAAGAUACCAAGAAGGAGGAGGAGGCCAGCGAAGAUGAUGAUGACGCUAGCAAUGCUGAUGCAUUCGAUGAGCACAAGGAUCAGCUUGAGGCAUUGAAAGAGAAGGAUCCCGAAUUCUACAAGUACCUGAAGGAGAACGAUUCAGAGCUUCUCGAUUUCGGCGACCAAGGCGAUCUCUCUGAGGUUGAUGAAUUGAGUGAAAGCGAGGCGGCUGAAGAGGAGGAGGGUCCCGCCAAGAAGAAGAAGAAGAAGUCUAAGAAGCAGGAGGAAGAAGAGGAGGAGGAAAUCAUCGACAACACAUUGACUAUUCCUAUGGUCAAGAAGUGGCAGACUUUGAUGGAGGAGCAACACUCAAUUCGGGCUAUGCGCCAGGCUGUUCUGGCUUUCCGUGCCGCAGCAUCUGUCAACGACCCCAAUGCCCCCGAACAAAAGUACACUAUCUCCGACCCUAAUGUCUACCACCAGGUGCUUGUGACUGCAUUGAAUGUCGUCCCCAAGACUCUGGCACACCACCUCCCUGUUAAGGAGACCGCAGGAGGCAAAGUCAAGGUCACUCUUGACUCCAAGAAGUUCAAGACCCUCACAUCUCUGAUUAAAUCACACACUUCCUCAGUCCACCAACUCUUGCUCAACCUGUCGGACGCUUCCACUCUGAAAUUGACCAUUGAAUCCAUGGAGCCCAUGCUUCCCUACCUUCUGCAGUUCCGCAAGGUUCUCAAGACACUCAUCAAGAUUGUUGUCGGCAUCUGGGCCGAUGUUUCCACCAAUGAUGCUACACGAAUCACCGCAUUCCUCUUGCUACGCCGUCUUACAACCAUCGGCGAUUCUGGUAUCAAGGAGGCCGUUCUCAAGGCUACUUACGAGGGUGUAGUGAAGGGUAGUCGCAACACCACUAUUCACACUCUUGCCGGUGUCAACUUGAUGAAAAACUCGGCCGCCGAACUCUGGGGCAUUGAUCAGAACGUUUCAUACACCACUGGCUUCAAUUUCAUCCGACAAUUGGCAAUGCACUUGCGUAGCAGCAUUACCAACACCUCCAAGGAGUCCUAUAAGACCAUUUACAACUGGCAAUACGUACACUCUCUCGACUUCUGGUCCCGUGUGCUCUCACAACACUGUGAUGGACUUGUCGAGGCCCAAGUCGGCAAGCAGUCCGCCCUGCGUCCGCUGAUCUACCCCGUCGUUCAGAUCACUCUGGGUGCCAUGCGUCUCAUCCCCACUGCACAGUACUUCCCGCUGCGCUUCCAGCUGACUCGCGCUCUGCUCCGUCUCUCGCGCGCCACCGGCACUUACAUCCCGCUCGCCUCUUCCCUGCUGGAGGUCCUUAACUCUGCUGAGAUGCGCAAGCACCCCAAGUCCAGCACCCUCAAGCCCCUCGACUUCAACACCGCCAUCCGUGCUCCCAAAUCCUACCUUCGCUCCCGUAUUUACCAAGAUGGUGUCGGAGAGCAGGUCGCUGAGCUCCUGUCCGAGUUCUUUGUCCUGUGGUCUAAGCACAUUGCUUUCCCCGAACUUUCGGUCCCCAUCGUUGUCUCCCUUAAGCGCUGGCUGAAGCAGGUCUCUGUCCGUAAUGGUGGCAACAAGAACGCGAAGAUCAACCAGAUGAUUCUUUUACUUGUGCAGAAGAUCGAGGCUAACGCCCGCUGGAUUGAAGAGCGCCGUUUGAAUGUUACUUAUACCCCUCGCAACCGCACUGAGGUUGAUACUUUCCUUAAGGAUGUUGACUGGGAGACUACUCCUCUCGGUGCAUUUGUUAAGACUCAGCGCAAACUGAGGGAAGAGCGUGCUGCUGUUCUUGAGGAGGGUCGUAUUGAGGAGGAGAAGCGCCGGGCUGAAGCUAAGAAAGGUGAUGAGGACGAGGCGAUGAAGGACUUUGGCAGCGAUGAGGGCAGUGACGAUGAAGAUGAAGAGGAGCUUGAGAGUGAGGAUGAGAUUGAGGAGGAGGAAGAAGAUGAGGAGGAGGAGGAGGGAGAGUACGAGGAGGAGUGA